CAGUAGUCCCCAGCGGCGAUCUCGGUGAUACAUCUCACCGCUGGCGCUUAGGCAUUAGUUAGUCAUAUCGGUUCGUGCGAGACACCACGCCAAUGUAGUGGCCGCUACGCAACCGUCCUGUGCUUGUGACGCGUACUUGCGCCAUCCUUAACCGAGAAUGUGUCCUUCCGUUUGGAGCCCGGGGAAGCUUGUGUUUGUUGCGUUCCUGCUAGCGGCCAGUGCAAUCAGUGCCGAUGUGUAUCCUGCUCACAAACCACACAUCAGACAGCCUCGUGGAUUGGGCUUCUUUCACAAGAUAACGCACCUCGGUUCGUUGCUCUAUCAACAGUAUAAUGACACCACCUACACGCUGAAGAGUGUUUACGAUCUGCUUAGCAAUGAGUUCACGGACACCUUCACUACAACCACACCGGACCCUCGCACGACGUCCACUACACCGGAUCCAACCACCAGUACUACGCCAAAAUAUCGUAUCUCCAGGGCCGAGCUAGGACGCAUCCUGAACCGUAACUACCGUGGUCUACAGAAACUUUUCCGUCUCGAAUGGAACGAUGCGUGGAAUCAAACGAAGUACAACAUCGAUGACUACAAGCGGGAACUCAAGAACUCGGCGUUUCCACCAAGCAACAAGACGGCCGGUCCGAUCAAUGUCAACCUAACGGUGGAGGUGAAUGCGGACAUCAUCAAACCUUAGGAUGCGCGC